GGCAGGCAGCUCAGGGCUACAAGAGGCUGGAACCCGCACUGGUCAGGGCUCCUGGUACUGAGCGGACGGAGGCCGGCUACCCGCCAGCUUUUUAGUCUCUGUUAAACUCCCUCUGCCCACCAUGAGCUGGCUACAUCUCUCACUCAGUCUGUUGCUAUUCCUGCAAACUGUGUCUCCUGCUCCGGGGACCCCUGCUACAGUGAAUCCCUGCUGCUAUUUCCCCUGUCAACAUAAAGGUGUCUGUGUGCGCUUUGGCCUAAACCACUACCAAUGUGAUUGCACACGAACUGGCUACUAUGGCCCCAACUGCACCACCCCGGAGCUAUGGACUAGAAUCCGGGAAGCCCUACGCCCCAGUCCUUCCUUCUACCACUUCAUCCUGACCCAUGGUCGGUGGAUCUGGAACAUUAUCAACUCUACCUUCUUACGAGAUUUUCUCAUGAAGCUUGUGCUUACAGUUCGAGCAAACCUGAUUCCUAGCCCACCUACCUACACCUCGGAACAUGGCUACAUCACCUGGGAGUCCUACUCCAAUUUGAGCUUCUAUACUCGGGUACUAGCUCCUGUACCUGAAGAUUGUCCCACUCCCAUGGGGUUCAAAGGGAAGAAACAGCUGCCAGACCCAGAGUUGCUGGCCCGACGCUUCCUGAUGCGGAAUGAAUUUGUGCCGGACCCUCUUGGGACCAAUCUUAUGUUUGCCUUCUUUGCUCAGCACUUCACCCAUCAAUUCUUCAAGACAUCUGGCAAGAUGGGCCCUGGCUUCUCCAAAGCCCUGGGCCAUGGGGUGGACCUUGGCCACAUUUAUGGAGACAGCCUGGAGCGCCAGCACCAACUCCGCCUCUUUGAGGAUGGGAAGCUGAAGUUUCAGAUGGUGGAUGGGGAGAUGUAUCCACCAUCAGUGGCUGAGACUCAUGUGUACAUGAAGUACCCUGCAAAUGUGCCUGAAACUCAACAGAUGGCCGUGGGCCAGGAGGUGUUUGGGUUGCUCCCAGGCCUCAUGGUGUAUGCUACAAUCUGGCUUCGGGAACACAACCGUGUCUGUGACCUCUUGCGAGCUGAGCACCCCACCUGGAAUGAUGAGCAGCUCUUUCAGACGACCAGACUCAUCCUCAUAGGGGAGACCAUCAAGAUCGUCAUCGAGGAGUAUGUGCAGCACCUCAGUGGCUACUUCUUGAAGUUGAAGUUUGACCCAGAAAUGCUUUUUGGAGUCCAGUUUCAGUAUCAAAACCGCAUCUCUGUGGAGUUCAACCAUCUCUACCACUGGCACCCUCUCAUGCCUGACUCGUUUGUGGUGGGACAGCAAGAAUACAGCUAUGAGCAGUUUGUGUUCAACACCUCCAUGCUUUUGGACUAUGGUGUGGAAGCCCUGGUGGAAGCCUUCUCCCGACAGAGGGCAGGCCAGAUUGGUGGGGUCAGGAACAUCAACCAUCAUGUGUUAUAUGUGGCUGUGAGCACCAUUAAGGAGUCACGGGAGCUGAGGCUUCGGUCCUUCAAUGAAUACCGCAAACGGUUUGGCUUGAAACCCUACAUUUCCUUCCAAGAUCUCACAGGAGAGAAGCAGAAUUCAGCAGAGCUGGAGGAGCUAUAUGGAGACAUCGAUGCUUUGGAGUUCUACCCAGGCUUACUUCUAGAGAAAUCUCUGCCUAAUUCUAUCUUUGGGGAGAGCAUGGUGGAGAUUGGGGCCCCCUUCUCCCUCAAAGGGCUCUUGGGGAACCCCAUAUGUUCUCCUGAGUACUGGAAGCCAAGCACAUUUGGUGGUGAGACUGGCUUCAAUAUUGUCAAGACAGCCACAUUGCAGAAACUAGUUUGUCUCAAUGUCAAAACAUGUCCCUAUGUCUCAUUCCGUGUACCUGACCCAGACCAAGCAGACAAGCAGAAGGUGAAGAGGCCAUCUACUGAGCUGUGAGAGAAGCAUUGGUAUUUCAGAAGGCUGUCUGUGGUUCCUGCUUUGCAAUCUGGAAUUUGGGUUCUUGGUUUCAUGUUCCAGAGUAUUGGAUCCUUAGUUGUCCCAAAUGUUCUGGAGCACUGCACUCUUAACUAGCAUUCCAGAGUGUUGGAUUUCUUGAUUAGUCCUCUAGAACUUUGGUUUCUGAUAGACAUUCCUGAAUAUUGACUGGCUUUCUGGAACCCCCACAUACUAAUGUGGUUUUCUAAAGCACUGAUUUCCUCUGUCCUCUCCAAAUGAGUCACUAAGAGAACUUUGCUCACCUAGGGAAGGACUCUUCCAUGAACUCAGGGCCCAGGGAAAUGCCAUUGGCCUCAGAAAUGAGGUGGGGUUGCUGGAGAAAAGGGGUGAAGUGGGAUCUUUUCAUGGCCCCCAUGCCCAGUCUAGUGUGUUUGCGUUGUGGAUUUCUGGGGGAUUGUUGGUGAUAGUUACCACGGAAUGGGCAGAGGGAACAGCUGACCUACAUUUCCCUGACAGUACUUCCUCAUCCCUGGCCCUGGAUUUCCCAAGAGGUCCUGGGUCCUCAGCUGAGGCUAAUAAAAUUAUCUUUUCAAAGUUGCUUUCUGCUUAUCUCCUGCUCACUUGGGACUGCAGCUCCUCCACUGCCUUCUUGACCCUAGAAACAGGUGUGUGUGUGUACAUAUCACUAUGUGCCUUGCCCUAUUUGUGCUAUUUUCCUUCUGUCACUUUUCUAUGCAAUGUGAGGAGAAGGUAUUUUCCCUCUAAACCUCUCUGAUUUACCCAUGUUGAUCAUAGUGCUUUAAACACCAUUAUGGCUCAAAUCCUUUUCCUAGCUAUUUUUUAAAAUUAAAUUUUAUUUUUUUAAUGAAAAAAAAAUCUAGUUUUCUCUCUCUCAUUUCUCCUGCCACUAAAAAAAAAAGAAAAAAACUAUUGUAACAAAUACAGUCAAACAAAACAAAUCCGUACAUUGGGCAUAUCUAAAAAAAUGCGUUUUACUCUGUACCCUGAAUUCAUCCAUCACCUCUCCAUCAGGGGGUGGAUAGGAUUGACUCAUCAUCAGUCCUCUGGAAUUGCGAUUGGUCAGUGCAUUGAUCAGAGUUUUUAAGCUUUUCAAACUUGUUCGUUAUUCUAUAAUUGUUCUCUUUCCACUCACUUUACUCUGCAUCAGUUCAUACAAGUCUUCCCAGAUUUCUCUGAAACUGUUUCAUUAUUUCUUACAAUAGUAUAGCAUCUCAUUGCUUUCAUAUAUCAUAACUGCUUCAGUUAUUUUCUAAUUGAUGAAUGAAUACCCGCUUUGUUUCCAGUUCCUUGCUAUAAAAUAAGUGUAGCUAUAAAUAUUUUCAUACAUGUGAUCCUUUCCUUUUUUCUUUGAUCUUUUUGCAGUUUAUGCCUGGUAGGGGUAGUUCAAAGAGUAUGUACUGUUUAGUGGCUUUUUGGGUGUAAUUCCAAACUGCUUUCUAGAAUUACUGUACCAAUUGCAUAGUUCCACUAAUGGUGCAUUAAUGAGCCUAUUUUUCACAUAGCCUCUUCAACAUUUAUCAUUUUCCUUUUUUUGGUCAACUUAACCAGUCUGAUGACCAUAGGAGCUCAGACUUUCUUUGAUUUACAUUUAGUUAAUUAAUAUUGAUAUGGAUCAUUUUUUUUUCAAUAUGGCUAUUCAUAGCUUGGAUUUCUUCUUUAGAUAGCUGCUUUUUCAAUGUCCUUUGGCCAUUUGUUAUUUGGGGAGUGAUUCUCAUUCUUAUAAACUUGAAUCAAUUUCUUUAUAUGUCUUAGAAAGGAGACCUUUAUUAUAGAAGAUUGCUAUAAAGAUUCCCUCCCCCCCA